AUGCGUUCCUGCUUCGCCUUGUGCGCUAUUGCAUCGUUGGCAAGCUUUUGUCAUGCUAUCGUGCCUUACAAAGUCCCUCGAGCACCGUACCCAUACGGCGCCUCUCACUGGAACAAGCGACAAAUCGUUACUGGCGGUCCAGGCAAUGGCACCAAUCCAGGCAAUGGCACCAAUGGCACAAACUCUACAUGCGCUGGCAACACUGCUAGCGACCGCUCAAGCUGGUGUAACUUUGACAUCAACACUGACUGGUAUCUGGAUGGUCCGGACACUGGCCGAACCGUCGAAUACUGGUUCGAGCUUGUCAACACAACCCUGUCGCCAGACGGUGUCCCCAAAAUUGCUCUCACUGUGAACGGCACCAUGCCAGGUCCAACCAUCGAGGCCAACUGGGGCGAUACAGUAGUCGUCCAUGUGCACAAUGGUCUGGAGAACAACGGCACUGGCAUUCACUUCCACGGAAUCAGGCAGAACUGGACGAAUCCUGAAGAUGGUGUUCCUUCCGUCACACAAUGCCCCACUGCUCCAGGCGACACUGUCACGUACACGUGGAAGGCGACACAGUACGGCAGUUCUUGGUAUCAUUCCCACUUCGCCGUGCAGGCUUGGGAUGGUCUCUUCGGUGGUAUCUUGAUUCAUGGUCCAGCCUCUGCAAACUACGACGAAGAUCUGGGCAACAUGUUCUUACAAGACUGGGAUCACAACACGGCCAGCUCUAUGUACUCCUACGCCGAGACUCGCGGACCUCCUCCCAUGGCGAACGGUUUGAUCAAUGGCACCAAUGUCGGGGCCGACGGUGGUGGCGAGCGCUGGCAAACUUCUGUCGAGACGGGCAAGUCGUACCGUCUGCGACUCGUGAACCCAUCGAUCGACACUUUCUUCGACUUUUCUAUCGACAACCACACUCUACAGGUCAUUGCGGCGGACUUCGUGCCCAUCGUACCAUACGAGACCAACCUCAUUGGCCUCGGACCCGGCCAGCGAUACGAUGUCAUCUUCACUGCCAACCAGGAAGCCGUCGGCAGCGACUUCUGGCUCCGAGCAGUGCCAGAUCAGUUCUGCAGUGCCGUCAACGGCCAGGAAGACGACAUCAGAGGCAUCAUCCACUACGGAAGCAGCACAGCCACCCCAAGCACGGUCCCCUGGACCACAGAUGAUGCUUCGCUCGCUUGCCAGGAUCCACCAUUGGCAAGCCUUACCCCAGUCGUGCCCAAGAAUGCUGGCGCGCAGCAGAAUCAGGAUACUAAGAACGUCACGAUCGGUCUCGCGCCUGGUACCAACGUCUUUAAGUGGUACCUCAACAACGUUACUUUCUUCUCGGAGUGGGAGGACCCGACUGUGCUUCAAGUGGUCAACGGCGACCACUCGUACGAUACACAGCAAGGUAUCAUCGAGCUUCCGAAUGCAGACGAGUGGAUGUACCUCGUCAUCCAGCAAGCCAACACCGCCCCACACCCGAUCCAUCUACACGGGCAUGACUUUUACGUCCUGGCCUCAGGCUCCGGCUCAUACGAUUCGAGCGUCGCACUCCAGACAACUAACCCACCUCGAAGAGACGUGGCUAUGCUGCCAUCGGCAGGUUACUUGGUCAUAGCUUUCGAUACUGAUAACCCUGGUGCAUGGCUUGUGCAUUGCCACAUCGGCUGGCAUACAUCCGAAGGCUUCGCGCUGCAAUUUGUCGAGCGGGUUGACGAGAUUCCUGGACUCUUCGACGAAGAUAAAUUGAGGAGCAGUUGUGCGAGCUGGAAUGCUUAUGAUGAGCGGGUUAACCUUGAGCAGCAUGAUUCGGGAGUGUAA